AUGAUGCUAGAGGAAGUGCCUAGAUACUCUGAUUUGAUGAAAUUCGUUAAAGAUGAUCCAACAAAGCUCAAAUAGCUCUUCUUAAAUAAUGAGAACUAAUUUGACCAAAUGAUUGAGGAGGUUAAUUCAUGCAUUAAGAAUAAAUUAGACCUUUAAAAUAUAGCUAAAAGCAUAAAUGUUCCAGAUAUGUAAUUAAAAAUGGGUCAGUAAACCAACUUGAAAUAAUAGCCUUAAUAACCCUAGUCCAUAAGAACUGCUUAAAUUCCAAUUAAUUUAAGGAAAUAAAUGGAAGUAAUAAAAAUUGAAGAUGAGGAAAUAAAAGAUGAUGAUCAUCAUCCUAUUAUAUUAAUUAGCUCAGAGUAGUAGUCCUAAUAAUCAACAAAUGCUGCAAAGAUAUAUGAAUUCAAUAUCGAAGAGAGAUUAAUAAUGCAAUAAACAAAUAAGAAUGGAGGGAAAAAAAAUUUUUCAAUGAAAGAAAACUAAGUAAAUUAGAGGAAAAGAGAUAUUAAAAUUUAAUACAAGAAUAAAAAAUAGUAAAGUGGCAAGAAUAGCUAGAGCAAAGUAUAAGAGGAAUUAGAGAUAAUAUUUAAUAGUAAAGACAGAACCAUGAGACAUAUGGAUGAUGAAUUCUUUGAGUACAGUUUGAUUUACUUUGAUGGAUCUAUCAAUCUUUAUUACAUAAUGUUUAUUGAGGGGUGGCAAUAAGCAACUAUUGGAGAUAUCUUCACUGAUUAAUUGAAAAAGCAUCGAGAUACCUUAGGAAUUGUAGAUAUGGAGUAUUUGAAUGAUAAAACCUUUAAAAAUAUGUAAGUACAGAUAAUUUUUGGGAUAAAUAAGUGCUUUAUUGAACCUUAAUUAUAUGUCAGAGGUAAAUCCUUAAAAGACAAAAUUAUUUAAGAAGACUAAAUAGUUGUUCUUGAAGAGGACAAUGCUUCUAAUUUCGAUCAUAAAAAUCACUAAAGAGCUGAAUAUGUUCUUGAAGUUUAUAAGAAUGAAAUAUUGAUGAUAGGUGGAAAUAUGAGAAAUGGAAAGGAGCUGAGAUUUGAAAUGUCAUAUUAGAUUAUAUCUAAUGACGAAAAUGAUGUUAAAUAUCAGUCUCACUAGUUAGCAGGGCUUAAUUUUAAAAGAAUAAAUCAUUCAGCCUUUGUAGUAAAAGAUCAUUUAUUUGUUCUGUUUGGUGAGGGCUAGACUUAUGGUGAGUAUAUGGACUUGUCUAAGCCAAAUAAGAAAAGAAAAUUUACAAAAAUUUAAAUCUACUUCGAAAUUGAUGAAAAUAUAUUUGAAAAGCCUAUCAUUUUUCAACAUUAAGAUGAUCCUAAAUCUCAAGAUAUCUAUUUUAUUGGUGGUAGCUUUAAAUAAAAGAGAUCGGGGAACACUAAAUUAUCACUGAAUAAAAUAAUAAUUACUUGGGAUAAAUAUACUUUAUAUCCUCAAACUAUUGUUAUUUAGAAAGUACCAGAUGUUUGUGAUUUCAAUUAUAUUCCACCAUAAAAUCAUUCACGCUGCUUGGAGUUUUCUCAAAGAUUAAAGUCGAAAUUGUAUAACAAAGAGUGUGAUUUGUGGUAUUUUAUGGAUGAUGAAUAGCAAUUAAUUACUUAUGACCCUAAGAACAAGAUAUUUAGCUAGAAAUGCUGCAAGUAAAAAGGCAUUUGA